GGUGGCUGAGGACUAGUAUGUGUGUGAGUGAGUGGAAGGACACAUCCUCCCCUCGGAGAGAAAGAGAAAACAGAGAAAGAGAGAGACAAAGAAGAAGCAGCUGCUCUCCAGUAACAGGGUAAGAGCAGCUAACUCCAGUCUCCUGUCAUGGAUACUAACACUGGGGAAGUGGAGGACUCAGGAGAAGAGCUUACAGGGAGGAAGAAGUCUCGGUUCAAGCUGCUGAAGAGUCGUCUGUUUGGCCGUCUGAAGAGGAAGGAGACUGAAGGACUGAUGAAGCAGAGCCAGUCCGCCAGUGAUUUCACUGCUGAUGUCAUAGCUCCGGGGGACGACGACUCAGAGGAUGACUGUUUGGGCGGUCCAAAUACACUGGGGUCCAGAGCUCUGUCACAUGACAGCAUCUUCCUGGCUGACCAAUCACAGAGCUCCUCUGAGCCGACGAGGGUUCUGUCUCAGGAGAACGUACACAGCAGGAUAAGAGAACUGCAGCUGAAACUGCAGCGGCAGAACAUGUGUCUGGGCCCUCCCCCCUUGCUGAUCCCUGGAAAGAGAAUGGAAGAUUCCGGAGCCACCUCUGAGGAUGAUGGUUUACCCCAGAGCCCUCCAGAGAUCUUGUUCCAUGACCGAACAGCACAGGGGCCUUCCUACAAGUGCCUCUCCCAGCCCUCCUCCCGUCCUCUCUCCCCGAAUCCUGCUUCCCCCUGUGAUCCAGAGCCCUCCCCUACAGUGGACUUCACCAGCCCAGCCCAGUACACUCCUAGCCUGGACAGCUCUGCCGCCCGUCACCGCAUGUCUGUUAAACCCAGGAACCAGAGGGCCAGCGCCAAGGGAAGGAAAGGUCCCCUGAGAGCAAGCAGACUUGGCUCAGAGAGCCUGAGUGACCUGGACCCUGACCAGCCCCUGUCUGAGAGGGAGGAAGAGCAGGAUGGAACGGAGGACGAGGACAGAGAGGAAGAGGAGGAGAGGGAGCGGCCGUUCUCUUCAUCUCCAAAAGACUCUGAGGAGAAGCCCUGGCAGUCAGUACCCCCUGGUGGUCAGAAAGAGGUAUUACAGAGACAAGAGUCCUCCGAGACAGAGGGACGCAUCACCACCAACCCUCUCUACCUCCAGGCUAUGACCUCUCCUCUACCAGAACCCAUGACCAAAACCUCCAUCCUGGAGACCCCGAGCCUGCCCACUCCCCCUUCAGCAGCAGUGGAGGAGCCACAGAAGCCCCUGGAACCUAUCCGGGUCAAACGCCCAAGAACUCUCAUCCAGGAUAAUUCAGACCAGGGAAGUCGGCCUGGGUCUACAUCUGAAAAGACCCUCUCCAGGCCUCUCAGUCCUGUCUAUGGAUCAAAUAAUGUCACUUCCACCACAAAUCAACUGCCAUCAAAAGAGAAGCCAGAAGAGAAUAUGACCCCAGCCACCUCUAACAAGGGAGACAGGUUGAGCAGAAACACACAGGGUGUGAGCCUAGCAGACACCAGCAGCUCUACACACCACUCUGCUCUACCUACCCCUGCCCCUCGCGUUAUAAGACAAACACAGAGACCUGCUUUUGAGAGAGAGUCUGUCAGAGAGACUACAGCAGUCCCACUGUCGGGCGUUAAUGAAGAAACCUCCAAAUUGGACAUGAUGCAGAGGACGACAGGGCAACCUACUGGCCACGAAGACACACUGCCUAGAGCAAACAGUUUCUCCAUCUCCUCCUCAAGACAGCGUUCCAAGAGCGCCACUGGCAGUGCCCACACAGGGACGAGAAACGAGGAGAUGAAUGCAGAAGGAAAAGGAGGGGAGGGUUUUGUGACCAAAAACCCUCAUCAGGAGUCUGUCAGAAGGCAAGAGGUAAAACCAGAGCAGGCCACAUUUAAAGGCCUGAAGGAAAACCAACCACAACCCGCACCUCAGGAGAGAAAAGUACAAACAGAAGUAGAAGUAGUGGAGGAGACAGGACUGAAGGGAGGAGAGAAAAGGGAUGGGCAGAGUGAGGGAAAUGAGGAGCAGGAGCAGGAGCAGGAGAAGGAGCAGGAGCAGGAGCAGGAGAGGAGGAGUGCUUUCGGAGUGAAGCUGCGCACCACUUCUCAGUCUCUGAAGUAUCGCUUGCAAAGGGACCAAGAAUUCAGGGUUAAGUGUCAUAUUGUCUCAACAACUGCAGAACCAGUCAAAGGCGAAAUUGGCACAAGUUCAAAGGUCAGGGGUGACUUGGCAAAUAAGGCUUUGAGGAAGGGCCCGUCACAAGUGUCUGACUGCCCCCCCUCAUACACCCCUGAUAGAAACAGACUCAACGAGAACCAAGAUGAUGAUGAUACUGACCUGGUAGUAGAUGCCUUUUUAGACCCAGACAAAGGCCCAUCCUCCAGACCUGCUCUGGGGCUCCCAAGAGGGGCUGAGACCCCUGGGUCUAAUGGGUCAGCUGGAUCGGAGCCUGUCUGGAUGUCCAUGGCCCGGGAAAAGACCAGGAGUCUCCAACAGCAUCUCAGUCCAGAGACAGAGCCUGGGACAGGGGGGACAGGGGGGACAACAACGCCCCAGUACACCCCAUCACCACGGCCAGCUCCAACCCCAGCCCCACAGCCUAGAUUACAACCAACAGCUCAGCCAUCAACACAACCUCCAUCACAAUCACAGCCAAGCACAAAAACAGCCUCGCAAAAACAAACAUCAGCCCCAGUGGUACAACCACCAUCUCAACCAAUACCAAGCGGUAGACCAAUCCUACGGGGAAUGCAACUGACAGCUACACUCACAACAUGGCCUUCAGAUCAGCCUAACACACAAACAGCAUCACAACCGACACCACAAGGAACUGCUCAACAGCUGACACAACCGUCCUCCCAACCUCACAUACCAACCAGACCAACUCUACGAGGAGCGUCUGAGAGAUCCUCCAGGUCUCUGAAGAGAGCUGAGAAGAUGCCUGUGGAGAAAUGGACAGAAAGAGCGCUCCCGACUGGGACUAUGGAGGAAUCUAGCAAUGGUCAAAUUGAGAUUCACAUCGCAAAGCCUGAGAUACCUUCUUCAUCAUCAUCAUCAUCAUCAUUGUCACACCGGGGUCAGCCAACCUGGAUGGAACUUGCCAAGAGGAAAUCUCUGGCCUGGAGUGACAAGACUAUGGACUGAGAAGUGCACGUGGGUGUCUGUGUGUGUCUGUGUGUGUCUGUGUGUGUGUGUGUGUGUGUGUGUGUGUGUGUGUGUGUGUGUGUGUGUGUGUGUGUGUGUGUGUGUGUGUGUGUGUGUGUGUGUGAGGGAGGUAAAGGGGUUCCUAAAGAGAGUAAGAAGAAGACUGAAAUAAAAUCAUGAUUUGUUGCUGACUGUGUUACUUGAACCUACUGGAUACAGAGUAUGAGUUUAAAACCCAUUUCCCAUUACUGUGCCUUACUCUUCUAACCAUUAAAUUAAAAAAAUUACUUAUAUUUCACAUCAGCCAGACUGAUGCUAAACUUCUGCGUAUAACAACACUAAACCAAGAGGUCUGGACUUUUAUGGCACAAGAGGGCCAUAAAAGUUGCUGGUUCAAACUCCGCUUCAGUUUUUUCACUGCUUUUGACAUAUCACUCCAUGCUAGAUCCCUGUUG